CCACGUGCGUGGCUGGGCGCUUGCGCCCGUCGCUCUCGUGCAGUCUCCCUCUGUCUCCCUGUGUCGCCGCGCGUGGAAGGCGUUAUCGCCUUGGCCUUCCUCUCCCUGAUUUCUAUUCCCCUCACUCAGUCACUCCCUCCCUCCUCGCUUCUCUCCGGAAGAGCUCUCCGGAAUCUACCGAUCCUCAGCCGCGCCGGGGCCCUAGGGGCCACUCGCCGUCGGCCCUUCCCGACCCGACGCCGCCGCUGGUUCCCAGCUUGUUCCACCGAAAGCAAGCAGGAAGGAGAGGUACCUCAGCUGAGCUGCUAAGGGGUAUGGCGACGGCGGCGGCACCCGAUGACUCCACCGUCAGAGAGACGACGAAAGCGGAGGAGGUGCUGCCCCCAACCCUGGGUUCUGGUUCUCAACCACCAAACCUCUUCGAUGGCACAACAAGGCUCUACAUCUCCUACAUAUGCCCAUAUGUGCAGAGAGUUUGGAUAGCUAGGAACUUCAAGGGGUUACAAGAAAAGAUUCAGCUGGUUGCCAUUGAUUUGCAAGACAAGCCUGCUUGGUUCCUCGAGAAAGUUUACCCACCGGGCAAGGUCCCCGUCCUGGAGCACAAUGGCAACAUCAUAGCAGAGUCCUUGGAUCUACUCAGCUACCUGGACGCCAACUUUGAGGGCCCCAAAUUGUUUCCUGGUGAUCAGGACCCUGCAAAACAAGCUUUUGCUGAUGAGUUGAUUGCCAACAGCGAUUCCAUCAUCAUAGCCUUGUUCAGGGCAGGCCGUGCCUAUGCCGAAGGACAAGGAGAUGAUGAUAUCAGUAAGCUACUUGCUCCUGCUCUUGACAAGGUGGAGGAGUCCCUGGGACGUUUCUCUGAUGGGCCAUUCCUCCUGGGGCAGUCCAUGAGCGCAGUCGACAUGGUUUAUGCGCCCUUUAUUGAACGCUUCAAGGAUUUCUUCGCUGCAGUGAAGCACUACGAUAUGACACAAGAAAGGCCUAAACUCAAGGAGUGGAUAGAGGAGCUCAACAAGAUAGAUGCCUACACAGCGACCUGGGGGGAUCGCCGUCUGCAGCUUGCUGCCUUGAUGAACAAGUUUGGGAUACAAAGCCCAGUAGCCUGAUCUGAUCUUAUCAUCCCUAGGGGAGGACAUCUUGUCAGGCGUUUCAUGUUGUAUAUGAGUUGGAAUAAGUCUCAACUGAAUAAGAUGUGUGUCUGCUAUAAUGUUACCUAUGUUAUGGCCCGGCCAGGCCUGUCCGAAGCCAGCCCAUGUCCAGGCCACGGCCACAUUCGCAUUCGCAUUAUCCGGCGCCGGUGACGAGUUUGACCGCUGCCGUAUGUAAGUGCAAUUGAAUAACCUCGCUGCAAUCUACUAAACUUGCUACUACGAUUCUAUACUGCAAGGAUGUAAUUUAAGAAACAGGUGUUCUCAUGUCGUAUUCUAUCUCUAGACUUUUCUCAUAAA